GGCAUCAAAUAAUUAUCUCUUACUCUGCUCCUGAGCUAGCAACCUGGCCAUGCGUAAAAGCCCUACUUUCUGAGCCCCGUUAAGGCACCUCGACUAAGACACAAAGAUGGUCGGCCCGCCAGUCAAAACAUCUGCGAAGAUUGACGGCAAGAUUAUUCGUGAUGACUGGGGGACCAACCCGCACCUCGUCGUCCCGCACGAGUUGGUCAAGCAGCAUCUCACCAAGGAGCUCGGAGGGCGGAACCUAUCCGUGACGCUUGAGUUCUUUUGCCCGUCCAGCGAUGGCAAGGCACCGGGGCCAGACGCCGUGCCCGUGAAGGUCAAAUACACGCUGUUGGAGAGGCGCGGCGAGCACAGUGAGGAGCUGGGCCGCUUCGACCUGACGCGAGUGGCCAAGGCGCUGGGCUCGCUUGCCGAAUUCGGUGACGAGGUUGAGCUCUGGUGCGCCGUCCAGCUGGACCGCUUCGUGGUCAAGGUGGUGAAGGAGACGUGCCCGGCGUGCGGGAAGGAGGCGGCGCUGGAGGAGCACGGUCAGACCUACAUCUGCGAGCAGUGCGAGCGCAGCUGGCACCUCACCUGCAGCAACUGGCCCUCCAAGCCGCUCACCUCACGUGACAAGUUCUUCUGCAAGGAGUGCCGCCCGGACCUGGCCAAGCUGCAGCCGCAGCCGCAGCCGGCGCAGCAAGCUCAAGCGUUGCAGCUCGCAAAGAGGAGCACCCGGCGCGCCGGGGCUACAGCGACGACAGAAGGCGACGGCGGGACGGCGGCGGCAGCGGCGGCGGCGGACGACGCCGGGGUAGCGCGGCCGGGGGCAGCGGGCGGCUCGGGCGGUGCUGCGGCUGCACCUGCGGCGGCGGCGGCGGGACCGUCAGCACCAUCGGCUGACGGCGGCCGUAGCUAUCUGCGACCUCCUCGCAGCGCCGCCGCGGCCGCCACAGCUCCGGCUGCGGCCCCGGCUGUAGCCCCGAGUGCAGCUCCAGCUGUGGCUCCGGCUGAGGCUCCGGCUGACGCACGCGGCGGCGCCGUACGGGGCAUAGGCAGCGGUGGCGCAGGCGCCGCUGCGCCGGCCAGGCAGCAGCAGGGGCAGACACUUGCGUCUGUGACGGACCUAUUUGCUGGUCUGGAGGGCGGUGCGGGUAGCAGCGCCGGCGCCGCGCCCAGCGUCUUCGUGAGGGCCCGCAAUGGCGCCAUCCGUCCGGGUGGCAGUGCGCCCAUGCCGGCGGAGGCGACGGUGCGCGCGGCGGCUGCGGCUGCGGCUGCGGCGGCUGCUGCGGCGGCUGGGGCGCAACACGUCCCAGCCGUGGCGGAGGAUGAUGCGGCGGCGGGCGCGGAGGCCGGCGCGCAGCAGGAGGGCGAGGAGGAGCGGCGGCCCGCAAAGCGGGCCCGGUGGCACCGUGGCGCAGGCGCCGCAGCUCAGGACGGCGACGGCUCGGAGUUUGCCGACGACGAGGGCAGCCCGGUGGAUGCGGGCGCGGCGGGGGGAGGAAACGAGCGCGCCGCAACGCAGGGCGGCGGAGCCGCCGCGGGCCGCGAGGUGCCUCGGCCCCGCCGCAGCCACGACAUGCGGCAGCAGCUGGCCGCGGCGGCUGGGAGCCCGGGCGCGGGCGCCUCUGCCGCCGGCGCUGCUGGCACUGCUGGCGCGGCGCCGGGCGCUGGACUGUCCCCGCUGGCGGAGGUGCCGGCGGCAGAGCUGGCCGCGGCGGACCUGUCCCCGCCGGCGCAGCCGCCCCGUGCGCGGCACAAGCAGCUGCACCAGCAGCUGCAGCUGCAAGCGGCUCAUCAGCAACAGGUGCAGCAGCAACAACCGCAGGUGCCGCCGCAGCAGCACCAGCAGCAGCACCACCACCAGCAGCAGCACCAGCAGCAGCACGAGGAGGAGGCCGUGGCGGCUGCCGGCUACGAUGGUGGCGCCUACGACAACGGCUAUGAGGAGGCCGCCUUCGAGGCCGGCGCCCACCAGCAGCAGGACGCUGGGGCCUGGGGUGUCGGCGACGAGGGCUACGAGGAGCAGCAGGGGCAGGAAGGCCAGGAGGGCCAGGAGGGUGCGGCUGCGGAAGGCCUCCACUACAACGGCGCCGGGCAGGGCUACGCGGGCGGCGCGGCAGGCAUGUAUGCUGGCGCGGGCGCGGGCCCGGGCGCGGCGGACGUCCUGGGCGUGGAGCAGCAGCAGGCAGCGGGGCUGGGGACGGGCGCAGGGCCGCAGGUCGCGUUACUGGACCUGCAGCGCGUGCAGCUGGCGGCGGCUGAGGGCGAGAUCCAGGCGCUGAGGCAGCAGCUGCUUCAGGUCGCGGGCGCCACUGAACAAGAGCGGGCUGAGCUGCAACAGAGAGUGCAGCAGCAGCAGGCGCAGUUGCAGGCGCGCGCCGCGGAGGCGGAGGCGGUGCGGGCGGAGCUUGAGGAGGCGCGGCGCGUGGCAGAGGCUGCGGAGGAGGAGCUGCAGCAGCUGCGCGCGGAAAGGCAAGCAGCGGCGGCAGCGACGGCGGCGGCUGAGGCAGAGCGCGCAGCGCUGCGGAAUCAGGUGGCCUCGCUGCAGGCGCAGGCGCAGCAGAUGCAGGCGCCGCAGCCGCAGCAGCUGCAACAGGAGGCAGCGGCGGCGGGAGCGGCGGCGGCGGGAGCGGCGGCGGCACCGCAGGCGCAGCAGCACGGCGAGGCGGCGGGCCCGCCGCUGCCGCGCCCCGCCGGCCUCGCCCGCGCCAAUAUGGACAAAUACGUGAACGGGCUGGAGACGACCGUCGCGCGGCUGCGGCAGGAGAACGAGCGCCUCCAGGCCGAGAACCUGCGCAUCACGUCCAACCGUAACGCCAGCAGCGGCCGACUGGAGCGUGAGAGCGCCUACUGGCAGAGCACCGCCAGCGACGCGAUCCGGGGGCCGGGCGCCAACCCGCAGCUGCUGGCGCUGGACAUGGAGGCGGGGGCGGCGGCCGUGGCGGCCGCGGCGGGUGCACAGGGGCAGCAGGACGGGGCGGGUGGUGGUGGAGUUGGUGGUGGUGCGGCGGCGGCACCAGGUGGUGGCAGCGGUGGGGCGGGUGCAGGAGUGGUGGGAGGCGCGGUGGCGGCAGCGGUGCCGCCGGCGGCGGCGGCGGCGGUGCCAGUGGCGGUGGCACCGGCGGCGGCACCAGCGGCUGCGCGGGCACCCGCUGCCGGGCUCGGCGGCGCUGCUGGCGGUGCCGGUCCCGCUGGCGGUGGCGGCGCGUAGAGGCACGGACAUGAUAGGGUGCGAGAGAGCAUGGUGGAGGCGAGUGGUGGGCAGAACAACGACAAAGCGAGGCAGGGGUUUGCGGACGCAGUAUUAGAGAAAGAAUGACACGGCGGUGCUGUAGCUCGAGACCCUUCGGUGGCAUACCGCACAACUCAUGUAGGGUAUUCCUCUGUGCGUGCUUUGGCUUCUCUUGAUUUGUGCAUAUCUUUCGUGCACAUAUGAUAAUGGGCGAAUGGCACUUCUUGCCCGAAUGACUUGUCGCGCCGGGGCAGCCUGGCAUGUGCGCUGCAUUAUUACCGAGGCCCUCUGGCGGCGUACCGUACAACCACUGCGUAUUUCUCCAGGCAUGCUUUGCUGUUUGCAAGCAGUCAGCUGCAUCUGAAAUGUGUGUAUGCAGGUGUGCGCGAAGUGUGGACAGUGGCUGCUCGGUAACGGGCAGCGCUGCCUGCAAGUGGUGAUUCCGUUUGGUGGCUCGCGUGCCCGCGAUGUCCAAGUGUGCCAACACUGCGGGACUGUGUGGGUAAGCCAGGGGGGGGGGGUAGGAACAAACUUUUUUGACCCCAUGCCACAAAACCUCCCGGACCCCCCGACCGACCGACCGACCGAACCCCCCUGCCGUACGACCCUCAAAACACCCCUCAGAACCCCUUAGUUUUUUGUCAGGUUGGUGCCAAUGGACUGCUCUCGGUGAGCUCUAUCGCUAUGUAAAUGAUCCGCCUU